CCAGACUAAGGCAUUGACGCAGCUGAGAGUGCUGGGUUCGUAGGAGAACUCUGGAACUAGGUCAGAGCCCAACUCCCCAGGACGGGGAGCCGGCCGGAAAGGGAGCCAGAGUAGGAAACCUCAGGCCGCCACACCCUUCACAGCCACCUCUUACAAGCCAGAGACGCAGAAACAGGAGGCACACAGGGUAGGUGUGGACCCAGGGCUCUAAGUGAGCUCCCUGGAGGAGCCACCCAAGAGGAGCAGGGCAGCAGGCAGGUGGGGAUUCUGACCUGGCUUCUCAUGGGUGGGGCUCCUUGGAAGACAGGGAUAGUCCCACCAGCUGACCCUGAUGCUUUUGUCUUGAUCUGAGCUGAUUCUUUCUGGGUAAGAUCUCUGGAAACUGUCGUGCCAGCAGCGGCCACCCCACACCACUUGCAGCUCCUUCCCUGGGAGGACAGAGACAUUCACCUGUGUCCCCGAAAGAAGGGACCAUGACCAGACUCUGGGGGACCUGCCAGCUCCUGCUUGCCCUCCUGGUGGCCCUGGUGGCCCUGGGGGGCAACACGCUUGUAUACAAGGACACGGACAAGGUCUUGUGGGAAUUAAAGAACGUCAGCAGCACAAGCGGCAACGUGAAGCAGUGUCUGUGGUUCGCCAUGCAGGAGUACAACAAGGAUAGCGAGGACAAAUUCUUCUUCCAGGUGGUCAAGGUGUGGCAGGUGCAGAUGCAGGUCACAGAUCGUCUGGAAUACUUUAUUGACGCUGAAAUCUCCCGCACCAACUGCAGAAAGCUUCCAAACAGUAACGAGAAUUGCGUGGUUAAGAACACCUCCAAACUGGAAAAGAGACAAAUGUGCACCUUCUGGGUGGGCGCACUCCCAUGGCACGGCUAUUUCACUGUGAUGAAGAAGCAGUGUGUGGACAUCUAGAGGCUCUGGCGCCCCGCCACCACCCCUCGCUUUGUGAAGAAGUGAUGGCCCUGUGAGCCGUUACCAACAUGUUUUCCUCACACAUGUGUCCCUGCUUGCUGUUCUACUUUCUAGUUUCUUACUAUGUGGUAAUGAAAGGUGGGCAAGACCCAUGCCUCCUUCCUGGCCUCACAGGAGACCACUUGCCUUUGGCUGACAUGAUGGCAUGCCACUAGGAAUAAGGAACGUUUGUCCCUCAGCACAAAGGGUGGAGUGAGGGCUGAUUCCAUUUUCCACCGCACACUUGGGAAGGAAUCGCUUUUUGAUUGGAUAACACCCCUCACACACACACGCAGACGUACACACACAGAGGGCUGAAUACAGUGGGUGCUAACUCACAGGUUCCUUCUGGGAGCCUCAU